CCCCCCCUCCAAGUACCGUUUCGGUUUAAUCUAGUGUGUGACUGAGUCUGUGAGGGAGCGAGUGUGUGUGUGUGUAUGUGUGUGUGUGUGUGGUGUGGGGGUGAGACGGAGGCAAGAAAGGGGGCUCCUUCAGGAGCGAGGGACAAAGGGGGCGUAAGGCACCUAGGCCGCGGGACCCCGGCGACAGGAAGCCGCCCUGAGCCGGGCUACCGGGUAGGGGAAGGGCCCGCGUAGUCCUCGCAGGGCCCCAGAGCCGGAGUCGGCCUCACAGCCCCGGGCCAUCGGCUUCUCACUUCCUCGACCUCCCCGGCUCCCGGGCCCGAGGAGUGGCUCGGCGGGGCGAAAAAAGGACACAGACUUGAGCCGGCUCCCGGUUGUCUCGCAACUCCACUGCUGAGGAACUCUCAUUUCUUCCCUCGCUCCUUCACCCCCCCACCUCAUGUAGGAGGGUGCUGAGGCGUCGGGAGGGAGGAGGAGCCUGGGCCACCGUCCCUGCCCUCCCCACCCGCUUCCCGGGGCGCUUCGGUGGGCGUGGAGUCGGGGUUGGGGGGGUGGGUGGGGGUUGCUUUUUGGAGUGCUGGGGAACUUUUUCCCUUCUUCAGUUCAGGGGAAGGGGAAUGCCCAAUUCAGAGAGACAUGGGGGCAAGAAGGACGGGAGUGGAGGAGCUUCUGGAACUUUGCAGCCGUCAUCGGGAGGCGGCAGCUCUAACAGCAGAGAGCGUCACCGCUUGGUGUCGAAGCACAAGCGGCAUAAGUCCAAGCACUCCAAAGACAUGGGGUUGGUGACCCCCGAAGCAGCAUCCUUGGGUACAGUUAUCAAACCUUUGGUGGAGUAUGAUGAUAUCAGCUCUGAUUCCGACACCUUCUCCGAUGACAUGGCCUUCAAACUAGACAGAAGGGAGAACGACGAACGUCGUGGAUCAGAUCGGAGCGACCGCCUGCACAAACAUCGUCACCACCAGCACCGGCGUUCCCGGGACUUACUGAAAGCUAAACAGACCGAAAAAGAAAAAAGCCAGGAAGUCUCCAGCAAGUCGGGAUCGAUGAAGGACCGGAUAUCAGGAAGUUCAAAGCGUUCGAAUGAGGAAACUGAUGACUAUGGGAAGGCACAGGUAGCCAAAAGCAGCAGCAAGGAAUCCAGGUCAUCCAAGCUCCACAAGGAGAAGACCAGGAAAGAACGGGAGCUGAAGUCUGGGCACAAAGACCGGAGUAAAAGUCAUCGAAAAAGGGAAACACCCAAAAGUUACAAAACAGUGGACAGCCCAAAACGGAGAUCCAGGAGCCCCCACAGGAAGUGGUCUGAUAGCUCCAAACAAGAUGAUAGCCCCUCGGGAGCUUCUUAUGGCCAAGAUUAUGACCUUAGUCCCCCAAGAUCUCAUACCUCGAGCAAUUAUGACUCCUACAAGAAAAGUCCUGGAAGUACCUCGAGAAGGCAGUCGAUCAGCCCCCCUUACAAGGAGCCUUCGGCCUACCAGUCCAGCACCCGGUCACCGAGCCCCUACAGUAGGCGGCAGAGAUCUGUGAGUCCCUAUAGCAGGAGACGGUCGUCCAGCUACGAAAGAAGUGGCUCUUAUAGCGGGCGAUCGCCCAGUCCCUAUGGUCGAAGGCGGUCCAGCAGCCCUUUCCUGAGCAAGCGAUCUCUGAGUCGAAGUCCACUCCCCAGUAGGAAAUCCAUGAAGUCCAGAAGUAGAAGUCCUGCAUAUUCAAGACAUUCAUCUUCUCAUAGUAAAAAGAAGAGAUCCAGUUCACGCAGUCGUCAUUCCAGUAUCUCACCUGUCAGGCUUCCACUGAAUUCGAGUCUGGGAGCUGAACUCAGUAGGAAAAAGAAGGAAAGAGCAGCUGCUGCUGCAGCAGCAAAAAUGGAUGGAAAGGAAUCCAAGGGUUCACCAGUAUUUUUGCCUAGAAAAGAGAACAGUUCAGUAGAGGCUAAGGAUUCAGGUUUGGAGUCUAAAAAGUUACCCAGAAGUGUAAAAUUGGAAAAAUCUGCCCCAGAUACUGAACUGGUGAAUGUAACACAUCUAAACACAGAGGUAAAAAAUUCUUUAGAUACAGGGAAAGUAAAGUUGGAUGAGAACUCUGAGAAGCAUCCUGUUCUUAAAGAUUUGAAAGCACAGGGAACAAGAGACUCUAAACCCAUAGCAUUGAAAGAGGAAGUUGUUACUCCAAAGGAGACAGAAACAUCAGAAAAGGAGACCCCUCCACCUCUCCCCACAAUUACUUCUCCCCCACCCCCUCUACCAACUACCACCCCUCCACCUCAGACUCCCCCUUUGCCACCUUUGCCUCCAGUACCAGCUCUUCCACAGCAACCACCUCUGCCUCCUUCUCAACCAGGAUUUAGUCAGGUUCCUUCUUCCAGUACUUCAGCUUUGCCCCCUUCUACUCACUCAAGGACAUCUGCUGUGUCCUCUCAGGCAAAUUCUCAGCCCCCUGUGCAGGUUUCUGUGAAGACUCAAGUAUCUGUAACAGCUGCUAUUCCACACCUGAAAACUUCAACGUUGCCUCCACUUCCCCUCCCUCCCUUAUUACCUGGAGAUGAUGACAUGGAUAGUCCAAAAGAAACUCUUCCUUCAAAACCUGUGAAGAAAGAGAAGGAACAGAGGACACGUCACUUACUCACAGACCUUCCUCUCCCUCCAGAGCUCCCUGGUGGAGAUCUGUCUCCCCCAGACUCCCCAGAACCAAAGGCAAUCACACCACCUCAGCAACCAUAUAAAAAGAGACCAAAAAUUUGUUGUCCUCGUUAUGGAGAAAGAAGACAAACAGAAAGCGACUGGGGGAAACGCUGUGUGGACAAGUUUGACAUUAUUGGAAUUAUUGGAGAAGGAACCUAUGGUCAAGUAUAUAAAGCCAAGGACAAAGACACAGGAGAACUAGUGGCUCUGAAGAAGGUGAGAUUAGACAAUGAGAAAGAGGGCUUCCCAAUCACAGCCAUUCGUGAAAUCAAAAUCCUUCGUCAGUUAAUUCACCGAAGUGUUGUUAACAUGAAGGAAAUUGUCACAGAUAAACAAGAUGCACUGGAUUUCAAGAAGGACAAAGGUGCCUUUUAUCUUGUAUUUGAGUAUAUGGACCAUGACUUAAUGGGACUGCUGGAAUCUGGUUUGGUGCACUUUUCUGAGGACCAUAUCAAGUCGUUCAUGAAACAGCUGAUGGAAGGAUUGGAUUACUGUCACAAAAAGAAUUUCCUGCAUCGGGAUAUUAAGUGUUCUAACAUUUUGCUGAAUAACAGCGGGCAAAUCAAAUUAGCAGAUUUUGGACUUGCUCGGCUCUAUAACUCUGAAGAGAGUCGACCUUACACAAACAAAGUCAUCACUUUGUGGUACCGGCCUCCAGAACUACUGCUAGGAGAGGAACGUUAUACACCAGCCAUAGAUGUUUGGAGCUGUGGAUGCAUUCUUGGGGAACUAUUCACAAAGAAGCCUAUUUUUCAAGCCAAUCUGGAACUGGCUCAGCUAGAACUGAUCAGCCGACUCUGUGGUAGCCCUUGUCCAGCUGUGUGGCCUGAUGUUAUCAAGCUGCCCUACUUCAACACCAUGAAACCGAAGAAGCAAUAUAGAAGGCGUCUACGAGAAGAAUUUUCUUUCAUUCCUUCUGCAGCACUUGAUUUAUUGGACCACAUGCUGACACUAGAUCCUAGUAAGCGGUGCACAGCUGAACAGACCCUACAGAGCGACUUCCUUAAAGAUGUUGAGCUCAGCAAAAUGGCUCCUCCAGACCUCCCCCACUGGCAGGAUUGCCAUGAGUUGUGGAGUAAAAAACGGCGACGUCAGCGACAAAGCGGUGUUGUUGUGGAAGAGGCACCUCCAUCCAAAACGUCUCGAAAAGAAACUACCUCAGGGACAAGUGCUGAGCCUGUGAAGAAUAGCAGCCCAGCACCACCUCAGCCUGCUCCUGGCAAGGUGGAGCCUGGGGCUGGGGAUGCAAUAGGCCUUGGUGACAUCACACAGCAACUGAAUCAAAGUGAAUUGGCAGUGUUAUUAAACCUGCUGCAGAGCCAAACCGACCUGAGCAUCCCCCAAAUGGCACAGCUGCUUAACAUCCAUUCCAAUCCAGAGAUGCAGCAGCAGCUGGAAGCCCUGAACCAAUCCAUCAGUGCCCUGACGGAAGCUACUUCCCAGCAGCAGGACUCAGAGCCCAUGGCCCAAGAGGAGUCUUUGAAGGAAGCACCCUCUGUCCCAGUGGUCCUGCCUUCAGCAGAACAGACGACCCCUGAAGCUUCAAGCACACCAGCUGACAUGCAGAAUAUUUUGGCAGUUCUCUUGAGUCAGCUGGUGAAAACCCAAGAGCCAGCAGGCAGCCUGGAGGAAAACAACAGUGACAAGAACAGUGGGCCACAGGGGCCCCGAAGAACUCCCACAAUGCCACAGGAGGAGGCAGCAGCAUGUCCUCCUCACAUUCUUCCACCAGAGAAGAGGCCCCCUGAGCCCCCUGGACCUCCACCGCCGCCACCUCCACCCCCUCUGGUUGAAGGCGAUCUUUCCAGCGCCCCCCAGGAGCUGAACCCAGCCGUGACAGCCGCCUUGCUGCAACUUUUAUCCCAGCCUGAAGCAGAGCCUCCUGGCCACCUGCCACAUGAGCACCAGGCCUUGAGACCAAUGGAAUUCUCCACCCAACCCCAUCCAAACAGGACUUAUGGAAACACUGAUGGGCCUGAAACAGGGUUCAGUGCCAUUGACACUGAUGAACGAAACUCUGGUCCAGCCUUGACAGAAUCCUUGGUCCAGACCCUGGUGAAGAACAGGACCUUCUCAGGCUCUGUGAGCCACCUUGGGGAGUCCAGCAGUUACCAGGGCACAGGGUCAGUGCAGUUUCCAGGGGACCAGGACCUCCGUUUUGCCAGGGUCCCCUUAGCAUUACACCCGGUGGUCGGGCAACCAUUCCUGAAGGCUGAGGGAAGCAGCAAUUCUGUGGUACAUGCAGAGACCAAAUUGCAAAACUAUGGGGAGCUGGGGCCAGGAACCACUGGGGCCAGCAGCUCAGGAGCAGGCCUUCACUGGGGGGGCCCAACUCAGUCUUCUGCUUAUGGAAAACUCUAUCGGGGGCCUACAAGAGUCCCAUCAAGAGGGGGAAGAGGGAGAGGAGUUCCUUACUAACCCAGAGACUUCAGUGUCCUGAAAGAUUACUUCCCUUUCCAUCCUUCCAUCCAGUUCUCUGAAUCUUUAAUGAAAUCAUUUGCCAGAGCGAGGUAAUCAUCUGCAUUUGGCUACUGCAAAGCUGUCCGUUGUAUUCCUUGCUCACUUGCUACUAGCAGGCGACUUACGAAAUAAUGAUGUUGGCACCAGUCCCCCUGGAUGGGCUAUAGCCAGAACAUUUACUUCAACUCUACCUUAGUAGAUACAAGUAGAGAAUAUGGAGAGGAUGAUUACAUUAAAAAGUAAAUGUUUUAUUAGUUCAUUGCCUGCACUUAUUGAUCAGAAGAUAGAACAGUUUCAGUUUUGAGAUGGCUCAGGAGAGGCUCUUUGGUUUUUAAAGUUUUGGGGUUGGGGGUUCUGUGUGGUUUCUUUCUUUUGAAUUUUAAUUUAGGUGUUUUGGGUUUUUUUUCAUUUAAAGAGAAUAGUGUUCACAAAAUUUGAGCUGCUUUUAGGCUUUUGCUAUAAGGGAAACAGUGGCCUGGCUGAUUUAAAUAAAUGUUUCCUUCCUCUCCACCAUCUCACAUUUUGCUUUUAAGUGAACACUUUUUGCCCGUUGAGCAUCUUGAACAUACUUUUUUUCCAAAUAAAUUACUCAUCCUUAAAGUUUACUCCACUUUUACAAAAGAUAGGCCCUUCUCCCUGCACAUAAAGCAGGUUAUAGAAAGUGGCAUUCUUGGGCAAGUAGGUAGACUUUACCCAAUCUCUUUCCCUUUCUGCCCAUGUGUGCACGUGUUCUCCCUCUCCCUCCCCCCCCUUUGCUCUCUCUGUCUCUCCCUCCCUCUUUCUCUCUCUCUCUCUAUCUUUCUCUUCUCUUUUACUCACCCACUCUUGCUUUCUCUCUCUCUCUCUCUGAGGCAUUUGUUUGGAAAAAAUUAAUAGUUGAGAUGCCCAAGAACCUGGGAUAAAUCUUUAUUAUUAUUAUUAUUUUUUUUUUGAAAUAAAGGAAAGGAAAUUCAAACUUCUACAUUGUUCUCUGUAACUCUUCAAUUCUAAAAUGUUUUGUUUUUUAAACCAUGUUCUGAUGGGGAAGUUGAUUUGUAAAUGUGGACAGCUUGGACAUUGCUGCUGAGCUGUGGUUAGAGAUGAUGCCUCCAUACCUAGAGGGCUAAUAACAGCAUUUAGCAUAUUGUUUACACAUAUAUUUUUAUGUCAAAAAAAAAAAAAACCUUUCAAAUGGAGCAUCGUGAUACUGUCAAAGAGAAAAAUCCUGAAGAUACAUGGAAAUGUAACCUAGUUUAGGGUGGGUAUUUUUCUGAAGAUAUAUCAAUACCUGACCUUUUUAAAACAAAUAAUUUUAAAACAGCAUACUGUGAGGAAGAACAGUAUUGACAUAUUCGUAUCCCAGCAUGUGUAUCCUACCAGUUCUUUUAGGGAUUUUUCUCCAAAGAUAUUUGGAUUUGAUUUGGUAAAAGGGGUUAAAUUGUGCUUCCUGGCAAGAACUUUGCCUUAUCAUAAACAGGAAAUGAAAAAGGGAAAGGCUGUCAGGGUGGGAUAAUUUGGGAGGCUUCUCAUUCUGGCUUCUAUUUCUGUGUGAGUACCAGCAUAUAGAGUGUUUUAAAAACAGGUACAUGUCAUAUACUUUAUCUGCACAGACUUAGACCUUUAGGAAACAGGUUAGCCCCUUUUUACAAAGAAAAAGCAAACAUGCUUCAGUAUCUUGAAGGAUAGUUUUCAAAACUCAUUUCAUGUUUCAAUGCCAAGUUCUUAUUUUUAAAAGUAAAAUCUACUUAUAAGAGAAAGGUGCAUACUUAAAAAACAGAACUUUAAAGAAAUGAAAGAAGAACCCUUUUCAGAUACUUACUUGAAGACUGUUAAUGAAAUAGGUAGAUAACAGUGUGUGUAUUUCUUUAUUAUUCUCUGUUUUUUUUUUUAAAUCUGGCCUUGCCUUCAGGGCCAAACACUGAUUAGAAAGAGAACCUUCUAGCCAUUUUGGCAUUGAUGGCUUUUUAUACCAAUGUGUCCAGUUAGAUUUACUAGGCUUACUGACAUGCUAUUGGUAAAUUGCAUUAAAGUUUAUCUGAACCUCCUGUCUGUUGACUUCUUAGUCCUCAGACAUGGGCCUUUGUAUUUUAGAAUAUUUGAAUUUGAAUUAUUGGGCCCCACUCCCUGUUUUUUAUUAAAGAACUUGAGCCUGGGAUACUAUCAGAAGUAUCUUAUUCAGUGAAAAAAGUUGGUUUCCCAUCAUAUAUGAAUAAAAUUCUCUAUAUAUUUUCAUUGUAUUUUGGUUAUCAGCAGUCAUCAAUAAUGUUUUUUCCUCCCCCUCCCACCUCUUAUUUUUAAUUAUGCCAAAUAUCCUAAAUAAUAUACUUACGCCUCCAUUCCCUCAUCCCUACUAGGGAAGAGGGGGUGAGUGUAUGUGUGAGUGUAUGUGUAUGUAUGAUCUCAUCUCACCCCACCCCCAUUUUGGGAGUCUUUUAAAAUGAAAAAAAAGUUUGAUAAUUUUGACUACUUCUAAAAGCAGAGGAAAAAAACUUAUUUAAAUAUCCUGAAAUCUGUAUGGAGGAAGAAAAGGUAUUUGUUAACUUUUCAGUUAUGUUAUCUAUAAACAUGAUGGAAGUAAAGGUUUGGCAGAAUUUCAGCUUGACUAUUUUAAAAUUACAAACCCAAUUAAUUCCAUCCAAAAGUGGUUUUGUUUUUGGUUUGAUUAUUGUUCGAUGAGAGAUACUAAGUCUAUUAAAUACAUUAUUUUGAACAGAUGAGAAAUCUGAUUCUGUUCAUGAGUGGGAGGCGAAACUGGUUUGACCGUGAUCAUUUUUGUGGUUUUGAAAACAAGUAUACUUGACCCAGUUUCCUUAGUUUUUUUCUUCAGCUGUCAUAGGAACAAUAGUAUUUGAAAGCAACAUCAAAUCUAUACGUUUAAAGCAGGGCAGUUAGCACAAAUUUGCAAGUAAAACUUCUGUUAAUUUAUGCCAUAGACAUCACCCAACCACUUGUAUGUGUGUGUGUGUAUAUAUAAUACGCAUAUAUAGUUACCGUGCUAAAAUGGUUACCAGCAGGUUUUGAGAGAGAAUGCUGCAUCAGAAAAGUGUCAGUUGCCACCUCAUUCUCCCUGAUUUAGGUUCCUGACACUGUAUUCCUUUCUCUCUCUUGUUUUUGACCCCAUUGGGUGUAUCUUGUCUAUGUACAGAUAUUUUGUAAUAUAUUAAAUUUUUUUCUUUCAGUUUAUAAAAAUGGAAAGUGGAGAUUGGAAAAUUAAAUAUUUCCUGUUACGAUA